ACUUGAGCGAUGCUCCGUGAGCUUCUUUCUCUUUCUUUUCAGACCGUCGGGCUUUUCUGCACCUCGGACUAAUGGAGGAAUGCAACGAUAUUACUUUUGGCUUGUCAUGCUUGAAUCACAGCUUCAUAUAUCCUUUUGUGUCAGAGCCCUCAUUGUCUUUGUCUGUCACUGCCGCCAGACCAAGUGUUGGGUAGUGUGGCGGACACAGCCUCCUCCUCAACCUCCCUCUCCCUUGUCUGUAUCCCCGACUUCUCUUCACUCACGGCUCACUCAUCUCUGUUUCCCUCUUCUAAUCUACCCUCCCCUCUGUGCUUGGCUCAUUUUUUCUCACUGCCUACUAUCUCGCUCUUGGUACUUAUUCAAAGCAGGCAGGGUGCUAUUCUAUCUUAGCAGCUUGCUACAUGAUCUUUCGGAAAACUGUUUUUGCUGCUGGUCUGCUGCCUCUCAAUUCCCGAGUCCUUUCAGAUAUCUAUCUCCAUAACUUCAGGAUGUUCAUUCAGGAGGAUUGAUCCUCUCCACCCCUUUCACUCACCCCUUCCCCUCCCUUGUCCUGAUCUCCUGUCCUCUGACCCUCAACCUCUUGUUUUCAGCCCCCCUCCCAGCUUCUCCUCUUUGUCCUUAACCUAAGCCUCGUCUUCCCUAACUCAUUUCACCCUCCUGACCAUGUUGCCAUGUGUUUUCUGGCUUCAACCUAUCCUCAUUUUGCUGUCCUCUGCCUUAUGGACCCGGGGGGAAAACUGCCCAAAAAUGUGCUUGUGCCCAGAUCCUCACACUGUGGACUGCAGCGGUCGUGGCUUGACCCGUCUACCCGAUGAGAUCCCCUUGGAUGUCCGCAGGCUUUUGCUGGCUGACAACUGGAUACCUCGCAUUCCCUCUGAUUUCUUGGUUCUGUACAGCGACUUGGUCUAUUUGGACCUCCGGAACAACUCCCUCUCCCUCAUAGAACCUGGGACCCUAAGCACCUCUUCCAGGCUGGUCUUUCUUGACCUGGGCAGUAACAAUUUGACUGAAAUCCCUCAGGGGACUUUUGGGGAGUCUCGAAGUUUGAUCAAACUGCGACUGGGAAACAACCCAUAUCUGAGCAUGGUCAGUGAGGACGCUUUCCUUGGCCUCACGUCUCUGCGAGAACUUGAAUUGGAACGUAAUGCACUGUCUACUCUUAAGGUGGGGGCACUGAGUCAGCUGCCCUCCCUUCGCGUGGUGAGACUAGAGGGCAACCCUUGGGUGUGCAAUUGCAAUUUUGCCAACCUGUUUGAAUGGUUAACAGAGAACAGUCAAAAGCUUCCAAAUGGGGUGGAAGGCAUGGAGUGCUCCCUCCCGAUGGACGGCAGGCGAGUUUCACUGAAACAGCUAUCAAAGGACAGCUUUCGUGAGUGCCAGGCAACCCUGACUCUAACAGACUUGCUCAUCAUCAUUUUCUCUGGCAUCUCUGUUUCCGUGGUAGCCAUUAUGACAAGCUUCUUCCUGGCCUCAACCGUUCACUGCUUCCAGCGCUGGAGUAAAGGCACCAAGGGAGAUGAAGAAGAGACUGAGGAGUGAAAAGGAUUUCUUUUUAAGGGCCUGGUACUUCAAACAGUUGGGGUACACUGGAGACAACGUGUGCCCCAUGGUGUUUUCUACACGAUGAAUAUUCUCAACAGCGGGACUUUGGCGUGGUACAGUUGCAGUUUGCACAUGGACAUCUGUAAAAUGGUAAUAAAAGACAUUCCCAAGGAAUGAGUACCAUUAAAGAUCAGUGACUGUGCUGCUAGGCGAGUGGAAUGAAAAAUUAUAGAGAUGAUAUUUUUUCUCUGUGAACACCUCUUGUCAUCAUUUUCAACCACUGGACCUUGGCUCAGUGUCAAAAAGGCCUCCAGAAAUAUGCUGAGGCCAAGACCUUUGUAAUGAGAGAGAACUAGAUCACAAUAAAUCACACAAAGAGAGGUCUUGCUGCAGUGCCCUCCAAUAUUGGUCUCAGAAAAACCAAAAACUUUGCAGCUUUUCCUCUGGCUGGACAUUCAGCUUUGGGAAUCUGAAGUUUGGGUUUGGGUGAGGCAACCCUUGAUUGCCUGACAACCCCAAACAGAUAGCAUGUCAUAGCUGCCAGUAUUUGCUGACAUGUCCAACCACUUGCAGUGUUUUCGGACAACCUCGCUAGCUCACGUUAAGAGGCCAUCCUCAAGCGCAGAAGAAGGUUAAGACCGUUGCUUCUUCUGCAUGUAGGACUUAGGAGGGGAAGGAAGCUGACCAAGAAGGGUUUUGCAAGCAGGAAAAUCCCAGUUAGCGUACUCACAAUUUCCACAGUAUUUAUAUUCUAUAAUCACAAAUUUAUAUCCAAAGAAAUUGUGUCUAGGAAAACAUAGAAAUCAAAUGGAUAGACUGUAAAUUGUCCAAAUUGAAAAAACUGUGAAUCUAGUAGAAAGAAGUUCUUGAAAUAGAUAUAUAUACACACUGUAAUCUUUAAAAUGAUGGCAAAUACAAUAUUAAAUCAGAGUCUAUGUAGAAUUAUUAUGUUGGCGAUGCACUCUAGAAGGGGAAACUAAUUUAGGCGCGGCCCUAAUCACAUCAUGUAGAUGAUCCUGUCUUCAUCUGCCAAAGAUUAGACAGAGGACAGACACCCUACAAGGACUUUGUUGUGGACGACGUGUUAGUGAGUUAGGAUAGCUCUGAAAUAGAACGCAAACUACACUUUGCAUAAACACAUUGUACUCAAACAGUUGUGGUAUCCAAAGAUGAUCAUUUUCUUCCCGUCUGUCUGUAACUAACCAGCAGUCUUGGCUUCACAUGCUGUCUUUGACCUCUAUUUUAACAGGGUGGCCACUUCAGAAGUACUAGAAGUAAAAGGUUAGUUUCUUGAGGAAUCCAUCACUGUGUGUUGUUGUCUUUAAGAUGCUCAUCAGCUUAUUGUCCAUUUUACUACAUAUUAUCGUAAAUUUGCAGAUUUGAGUAAAUCAAAACUGUAUCAUCGGCUUCUGCAUUCUCAAAAAAAAAAAAAAAAAGGUAUUACAAUACUCCUAAAUGUAAUAAACCAGAACCCUAAAUAUUUUGGAUGUCUGUUUGUUAUUUGCUAUCAGUAUAUUCAUAUCCUCAGUGAUUACUACAAAUGCUAAGAUAUAUUAUUUAGUUUCUCACAUUUUUGUAAGGCAUCAGUAGAUCAUAAAAACUGAGAUGUAGCAAAAAGAAUGUCAAGCUUCUAAAUGCAAAUAAGCUGUGGAUAUAAAAAGAGCCAUGAGCAAAUGAAAAGAAAAAAAGGAAAUCAAUUAUUUCUGCUUGGUUAACGUGAGACCCUUUAGAACAAGUUGUAACCUUAAGUUUGCAGCAUUCUGAAGCACGUUCUGCAGAAAUGACUAAAAAGUGUGGCCUUAUGCAUUUCUUUUCUUUUUUCAUUUCUAUAUGUAUCAAUGAAAGCACAAACAAUUCAAAAAAACAACUGAUAUCAUCACAGUACACUCUCAUAAGAGAUGUUGCAUUAUACUGUAUGUUGUCACCAGUCUGCAUUUAAUUUAUGUGUGAAAAUACGUGCUGUGAUGAAAUGGCAGAUCCCCAUGAAGAGUGUCCUAUUUUAACUACCUGGAUAUUUUAUAUUUGAUAGAAUUUGGUUCACAUCGAGUACAAAUUCCCACUGCAAAUAAUUCAAACUGACCUUUCACUAAUCUCCUCUGCUGAACUGCCCAACACGGUAGCAGGCUUGUAAGGCUUUAGAUUCCUCCAUAUGUCAAGGCUGCAGGAAGGUCUAGCAUAGGACAAAGAUCAAAAUAUCUCACGAAUAUGGACAAUAGCACAUUUUGCAAGAGGUCCACACGCAAGUUAAAAUGAAAGGAAUCGCAAACUUGACCUCAUUUUGCUUCUGAAUUACAAGUUUAAAUCUGGAAAACAAAAACCACAUUAGAUCCACUGUUUUGCAGCCAAGAUGCUGCUGCAUCCAAAUUUAGCGUAAUCACAACAGCUCAGUCCUGCGCCUACGACUCAAGCAACGCCAGCCAAACUUAAAACAGACACCACAAGCAGGCAUCACAAUCACAAUGACAUAAUUCGUAGAAAAAAUUGCCAAAUUUGUGCUGGUUUAUAAAAACUGUCCUUUCAUUUUCAAGAUUUUUAAAGUAGGUUCAGAGGGAGGUUGUUAUUCUUUCCUAAUCCCAGCCCCCGAUCGCUUUUAAACCUAAACAAACAGUAAAAUACAUUAAAAAAGAGACAUUUAUCAAACCAUAGUAAACGUGGACUGCGUUGAACCGGUCUUGGUUCUCUCGAAUGACACACAUGUCUUUAGAAUUUAAAACUACUCUAGAUAAUAAAAUAAAAUAAGAUAGUUCCAGGAAAUUCUGUGCCUGAUACUGUCAUGUUUGUCGAGUUUCAUUCAAGAGAAUGAAGCAUAUUAAACACUAAAUCACCAGCAAAUUUUUAUGUUAAGCACCCGAUCGGUUCAAAAUUCAUGUUUGAAUAAGCAACACGAUAAUUGUAUCUUUUAUUUGGCUAGCUAUAUACACUUGUUCUGCUACUUUGACCACAAGGCUAGUUUUAUGUCAAUGUUUUUGUAUUUCCAAACCAAAAUAAAUCAAAAGCCAACAAGCCUGCUGUUAUAGAAAAUGUAAAAAAGACAAAAUUCUGUAAGCAACCAGACAACAAAUGUUUGAAUCAGUCACUUACGAGAGGCGAAAUCUGAGCAUUAUUAAAAGAUGGUGGGGGUUAGUGAAACGGGAAAUACUAAGACUUGUCUGCAUUUAAAACUAAAGGGGAAUGCCAUUUAUUUUCAUGUUUGAAUAAUGUUAUUUCAAUUUAAUUGUGACAGUUUGGUUAGGAUCAAUGAAUUUUUGGCUUGUAGCCUGAAGAAUAUGGUCUCGGUUUUGAGUACAAACAGGCAAAAACUGUCUGGAAAGGGACAUUUAAAAUCUCAGACAGAGAAAAUCCAACAUGUUGGUCCAUGAAGAGGAUACUCACAUGAGCAGAAAACAAAUAUAUAUAUAUAUGAAUUGGAGGAGAGUUUUUAUACAUAUCAUGAUUUGCAACUACUGUGUAGUUACUGUAUUCAUGCCAUUUAUUAUGUUAACUUAGUUUUUGGCUUGCAAGGUUUUAGCAUGAUUUUCUCUUACUUAUUUUUAUUAAAAAACAAAAUCCGUACAUUAGAGCAUGCUCUGUUGAGUUACUUUACAGGUUCAACUUCAGAUUCAUGUCUAUUUUUCUAUUACACCUUUCAGAAUGAAGCAGUCAUUUACGUUGUGAUUUCCCAGAAUACCUUUCAGGCACUGCACGCCCUGGAAAGCAGAGACAGUGGUGGCUCAACUUGUAUAGCGUAGCUUGAUAUUGCUUAAAAUACCAAAAUCCAUGUCAUGUUUUGUCAGAUACAUGUCAGAAUGGCUCACAUCUAUAUUAGGCUAUAUGUGACGGAAGAGAGUGUGACGAUGCUGCUGCUGCUCCUGCUGCUGAAUGCAUUUCCAAAUGUCAAUCAGACUGUAUGUGUAGCUGUAAAUUGAUGUUGGGGAAAA